AUGGACCACCAGAAGGAGUCAGAGAAACUUGCUUCACCAGCCGAUAUCCAACGCCCUCGCUCGGCCUUGCAUUCUGGAGACUUUCGAGAAGGCAUUGCUCAGGAUCACAGCCAGCAACAAGCACCGCAGUCUCCACAUCCCAAAUAUCGCUCUCUCGCGCAGUUUUCUCAAUUGGGCUCCUCUCCAACCACGCCGUGGUUUACCACUUCUAUCUUUUCUACGCCUUUCCGAGGGCAGGAAUUCGGCCAUCAGCAAGAAGAAACUACGAACCCAGGUCCGCGGUCACGAGCACCAUCUUUAGGAUCAUACUCCUCCAGUUACGUCCUAAAAGCUCCAACGAGUCCUUUGGUUCACCAGGCAAACAACACUGAUCUGGACUUCUCACUGAAAAGCGAGUUCAGCGAGCAUCCUCCAGCUUCGGAUAAAGCCAGUCGCCGUCGCACACUGCCUCCAGAGACAUUUCGGAAUCUUCAGGAUUCCUCUCCGUCUUAUUCACGUGUAAUAAACAUCAACACUGGUCAUGCGCCUGGAAGCUUUCACGAUUCAUUAUCGUUCCAAGCGCGUCAAUCACGAAAACCAUUGACCUCGUCAUACAGUCUUCAACUGGCCUCAUCAGUCCAACAUCCGUCCUGGAGAGCCAGGAGACCCUCACUUGCCGGCGAACUAUCCUGCAAGACCCAUGCUCCGCUGGUAGGAUCUUACGAGGAGUCGAUCCUCCGCGGAAGAAUGUCUAUGAAUCCGUCCAAGCCACUCGACUUCACUGCCCAGAUUGGUGUGCUAGGCAAAGGAAACUGCAAGUCGAGUCUCAAAUGCCCACCACACGUCACGGUGCCCUUCCCUGCGGUCUUCUACAGUUACCCUACUUCUGGAAAGGGGCGCUCCAUUUCAGACGAUAAUCCUAGCCCCUACGUGGGUCUGAUUGAUCUCGAGAAUUCCUUACCUAAGGAUAACUCUUACGUCACUCGCCGCCACCGGCAUCACCGAAGCCCUGCUGGUGCAUCCAAGGGCCAAAGGACUGAUGUCGACGUUGGACCGGAAUAUCAGACCCAGGAAGUUCUACGCAUGAGGGAGAAGCGAAAUCGACGAGCCGAUUCACCCAAAUGCCCACCAGGCGGAUGCUAUCGUAUACCGCAACAAGGCCAGCUGCAAAUCAUGAUAAAAAAUCCGAACAAGACGGCUGUCAAACUCUUCCUUGUGCCUUACGAUCUUAGCGAAAUGGAGCCUGGCACCAAAACUUUCAUACGCCAAAGAAGCUACUCGGCGGGCCCCAUAAUUGAUAUGCCUUUGUCCGCCAGGAAGAACUUGGGGACUGAUCGACCGGAGGCUUCCUUGAGCGUAUCCGAAAAUCCCAAAGACAAGCCUGUACUACGCUAUUUGAUCCACUUGAACAUUUGUUGUCCUUCAAAGGGUCGUUUUUAUCUCUACUCGAGUAUUCGUGUCGUUUUUGCAAAUCGGGUGCCUGACGGUAAAGAGAAGUUGCGAAACGAGAUACAACACCCCGAUCCUCGGUAUACACCGUAUAAGCCCGUCCGAGACAUAAACACUACCAAUAUACAUUCAAAGUCGGCUAAAGGGUACAAGAAACUCGCUGCGGAUCUGGCUUCAUUGCCUGGUCCCGAUGACGCAAGAGAGUGCUCUUAUUUUCAACAUGCUUCACACUGUCACACGAUGCCUCUUAUCAAUUCAGUUGAUGAAGCGGCUACUGCAAAGCCUCAUUAUGAGACGAGACUUCAUCCUUUCCCGCGUGUCCCGUCACCUUGGGGGAUUCCGCUUUCCCAGCGUACUUCUGACGACAAUGCAACAGAAGCCAAGACUUAUCGUAAACUCAGCAAGGGUGAUCUCGGAUAUGGUGGUCUCCCAUUCUGCUCUUCUGGCAUAUCUGAAGCUGGGGAAAGCUUGCUUGCGAAAAGGUUGAGAGGGCUAGACGUUCAAAAACACGAGUCCUCGUCUGCGAAUUGA